GUGUCCGUUUUCUUUCUCACUAUCGCUUGGUUUGGGGAUUCCGUUAAUAUAACGUAAAGCCACUGUUCUCUCUCAGCUGCAAGCCUUUUGUUACUUUCGCUCCAACUCGUUACCUUCGUUACACCCGGCACCCGGUUGCUUUGACGUAUUAUCACCGCAACUUGCAGAGCCAUUUUAAAACUUUGUUUUCGUCACUUUUCGGCUGCUACUGUAAAUAGCGCGCCAUGUCAGGAUACCUCAUUGCCGUAUGGGACUAUACCGCCGAAGGCGAAUUUGAGCUCUCUUUUAAGCAGGGCGACCGUAUCAAACUGUUGGAGAAACAUAACGAUGACUGGUGGGAAGGAGAACUCAACGACGAAAUCGGUUUCUUUCCUGCCAAUCGCAUUCGUCUAGAAACCGAAGCGGAGCAACAACAACAAAAUGCAAAUACCGUCAUGACUGGGCGACCGUCGAGUGGAAUAGAGCAUAUUCACAGAGAUACGCCUCCGCCUGUACUUCCUGCUCGUCCAGCCGAUACGAUGAUCGGUUCAUCCUUUCCUCAUACUAACGAUAACUUGUCAGCCAAUCACCGACAGGCCCACCUUUUUGACUACCCCGAUGAAUCACCAUCCCAUUUUCUUGAUACACUUACGUCUCCUCCGGCCGACGAGGUUUCACUGACCUCACCUCAGGACACAUCUCACGGACCUUGUCCGUUGAACCUUUCACCACCCCGGGAAACCCCGCCAUCGUUUAUUUCUCUUCCCGAACAACGACCUGCCGGUGAACCGAAUAUUCACCUGGCUCAAUCGCUCGUGGAACGAUCCAUGUCAGAUCCUACCGAUCAAACCUCCCAUGAAGCUCUGCUUGUCGAUAUCUCAGACGAACCUCCCCGGUCCAAAACAUCUAUUCCUGAUGCGUUGCCAGACGGAUGGCAGCAUGCCUACGAUAACGAUGGAACGAUCUACUAUUUUAACGAACAAACGGGGGAAUCGCGUUGGGAUCGGCCGCAUGCUUUGGAAGCGGUACGAUCGCCGAUGAGCGACAAAAGUCCCUUGGGCGAUGACCUCUUGACAAAUUUUGGCAAUCUCAUGAUGUCGCCACCGGAAAUGCAAGAAGACGCAGAUCAAACCACCGAUCUUGCCAAUAGUUUACAGAAACUGAAUGCUGCGGAAUUAAAACAACUGGAACUCGAUCAUUUGCAUUCGGAGUGGAUUCGACAACAAGGAUUUGUGCAAAUGAAAAUGAUUGCUGAAAAAGGCGAUGGUGAAAAACUGAGUUCCUGGAAAAUGUACUAUGCCGUUCUAUCUAGCGGCUUUUUGAUCUUUUACAAAGAAGGACCAUCUAAAAACAGGAAAUCGUCCAAACCGCUUCUUCCAGUUGGAAGUUUUGACCUUGAUGCUUGUCAGAUUGAUCCUGCCGGAAAACAUGAUACCAGACGCAAAUAUGUAUUUUUAAUCACUACACCCCGCAAAGUGAAGAUAUACAUCCAAACCGCAAACGAGAAAGAGUUCUCGUCUUGGCUCGAUGCCAUCAUGCGUGAACUCAUUGCACGCAAAGAAGGUCAAAAUCAGAAUACAGAAAUUUUGCAGUUGCUGAAACGAUUAACCUAUGACUCGCAACAAAUGAAAGUGAACCGAAAAUACGCAGGCGUAAAGAAAGAUCAAGAAGAUCGCGAUCGAAAAUUGCGGUCUUCUGUGGAUAAAACGGAUGGCAAGCCCAAGAUGCUCGGUCACUGGUUUAACAAAUCUGGCGGUGGCAAGGCUGAUGUCAAACCACGUAUACAGCCUGUUCGUGGACAAGCCGUGUCAUCUGCAGAGAAUGAUGUAUUUGGUGGCUAUCUUCAUCUUGAAUCGGACGGACGCAUACCACGCAUCAUCCAACUAUGCAUUCAGGAGGUCGAAGCACGAGGGCUUGAAUCCGUUGGGAUUUAUCGAUUGUCAGGACCCAGUUCCGCCAUUCAAAAAUACCGUCAGGCUUUCAAUCGUCAUGAGCCUGUGUCUCUCGUGGACGAACCUGACAUCAACGUGGCCACAGGGUUACUCAAAUUGUAUUUCCGUGAACUGCGGAAUCCGUUACUGACAUUUGAAUACUACGAUUGGUUUAUUGAAGCAGCGAGGAUACCGGAUUACGAUGAACGGAUGUUCCGCAUAAAAUCCAUCAUCCACGUAUUACCGAAAGACAAUUACAUCGUCCUCGAAUACCUUAUGCGACAUUUGAACCUCGUAGCGUCUUACAGCGAUAUCAACAAGAUGGAAACAUCCAAUCUGGCGCUCAUUUUUUCCGUAGGAUUAUUGCGAUCAUGCGGGGAAGAUCUCAGCAGUAUCAUGCACACCGAUUUACAAAGUAAAGUCGUUGAAGCCAUUAUUCAACAAGUAGACUGGUUCUUUGAAUUAGAUCAAGAACCCCAAGAAUCACAGGAACACCACGAAUAAAAAGAAAUACGAGAAAAAAGAAAAGGAUAACCCGUUGCAUAUUACUCCUGAAGCACACCUUUCCAAAAUGUGUCACUAUGGGGAAUCUGAAUCUUUCAAGUUCUCUUUACUUUGCUUUGAUGUGAUUCCAUCAAAAAGAG